GUCAACUGAGCAACAUCUACACCAAUCCAAGGUAAAAAAUGGACUUCUUUAGAGAACUAAGAGAGCUACGAGGUAACCAAGGCAAAGAGGAAGAAGAGGAGGGGCUUAUAUCUGUAGAGCCUAUCGCAAUGAUAGUGCCGCCGGCGCUGCAGGACUUGCCGGAAAUGUUAACGCCUGAGAGCAGCGCCAGUUUGAGCGUUAGGGACAACGGUGGCGACCACCAUACUUCAUCAUCCAACAGCUCGUCCUCUGAGGAGACACCCAGCCACGAGGAAGGGAUAGGGAAUGUGGUUGGCAAUAACCUAGAUCUGCCCGUGGUUGAAGAAUGGGAAAAUAGGGUACUCACGGGUAGAUUAAGUAACCUACACAAGGCGCCCAAGGACUUGCCUGCUGGAUUUAGAUUCAAGGCGGCGCUUCAUCAUGAAGUAGUAUACAGCGCGCCCUCAAUAAGUGGGUACAAGAAAUUGGAGGAGAUGGUGAAGGCGUACCACAUUUCUCGGACACUAUUACUCCGAGCAGGCGCAAAGAAUGAGAGGGCGUGCACAGUGUCACAGACUGGCUGGAUACCAGUGUACGUGGAUCACUUUGACGCCGGCCUACGGUUUCCCUUGCUUGGGCUGAUAUUUGAUCUGCUGGCGGAUGACGAGUUGGCUCUAACACAACUGAUGCCCAACAGCAUAAGGUUCAUCAUAGGCUUUAUGCUAUUGUGUGCGAAGUUGGAGAUACCUACCAAGGCGAUAGUGUUCAGGUCGCUGUUCCAAUGCCAGCUGUGCCCAAACUCCAGAGGUGCGAAGUGGUACUACCUUUCUGGGAGGGAGAAGAGCCAGCUUUUAAAAAACGUCAAGAAUAAAGUAGUGAGGUGGAAGAGGCUGUUCGUCUUUGUUCGUGAUACACGAACAGAAAGAAUAAGCAAUGACCUCGCUGCUCAACUAUCUGAAUGGCAUGUGCCAAAUGCACAUGUCAAUUACCCUCAACUACUGCCACAGGACACGGAUCUGAAGAAUCAGCUGCUAGAGUAUGCGAGGAGGGAAAACUUGAUAGACUUAGAAGCCCUGGUUACCACGGAGCAGCUCGCCAUGUUCGGGUUGGUCGACGCGACAAACCAAUUCACAGAAGCAAUAUAUUGGAACGCUAGUGUCAACGAGCCCAGGGCUCCCGAGGUCGCGCAAUGGGCAGCACCUCGCAAUGACAAACACGAUUCGAUGAGCGGCCGCCCCCAGCACCAUAAUCACGUAGCGCGUCGCACUGUGGAUCUAGCUCGGCGUCCAGGCCUCGCGCCGAGCAGAGGGUUGAAGCUGUGGCCCCCAGUGCACGCAGGCGUGCACGUGAGGAGACUGACAACGAAGAUGAGGUCCCCCUCAUGCGGCGCAGAACAAGUGUGGGGGCUCAGCCUGCACAGGUGGCUCAACCUGUGGCCGUGCUCAUCAAACGCGCCAUCCGCCAUGGCGCGUGCAGCAGCGAAGCCCACAUCUGCGUCGACCUCAGUGUCGGCACCCAAGAUUGCGUAUCCGAACGGCUUUAGCUAUGUGAAGGCCAACUUCCAGCCCGCCAUGGUGCAAGGCAUGCAAAGCUUUGUGCCUCCCGUGGAUUGUCAACGGGCAAGGACUUUUGUGCAGCAACAUGGUGUGCAAGUCGCCAUGGUCAAACUGAUGGACGCAUUCAACUAUGUACUAGUGCUGUUUGAGAGUGAACAGGGAGCUCGCUCUCAGAAUAACGAGCUCAGCGACAGUUGGCCGCAGAAAAGGCCAGCCUUGUGGAUGAUGUCAAUCGUCUGCAAGGCUCGAAGAUGGCCAACCGAGCUGCUGCUGCGGAGAGCCAAGCAGAAGAGCUCGCGAGCAGGAACAUUGAGCUUAGGGAGGAGCUGGAGCGAGCUUGCGUCGAAAAAGAAAGUUGCCGAGGCCGCCAGGAACCUCAACGCAGCUGAAGAGGCCCUGAACGAAUUGAAGACAUCUCACAGGCGCUCUAUAAGCAUCGCCCGAGCCCAGGGAGUAGAAUGGCUGAUAGGGUCGACUACGUUCCAAGACACUGUGGUGAUGGCGUCUGCAAACAUGACCAUGGAGAUCUACAACGAGAUCCGUGGGAAGGGUAAAAGCCUUGCUCCCCUCACUGAUACAACCGUGCAGUUGAGGUGGGAUCUUAAUGAUGAGGGAGUACUCGUCUGGCCUCCCUCAAUUUUAGAAGAGGGGGAGGACCUAGUGGGGCUGCCCUCCUUUGAUGGAUGGGUGGAAGGGGCUCCGGUGGCAGAACAGGAGCCAUCGACCACUCCUCCCAGCUCUCAGCCAACCGUGGUACCGGCCAGGUCACCAGUCAAUGCACCAGCUCCAGAGCCCACAGCCCGGUCAUCUCCAGCUCGCUCCUCUCCAACUACUGCUGAUGUGUCCAUGCCCGUCGACCUGACGGAUGAUUAGUUUUAGGAUUUUUCUUUUUCUUUUUGUACUGUUUUUGCAUUUUUGUAUUGAUCAAUGGAUCUGUUCCAUAUGUGCUUCACAUAUGAACAUUCUUGAUGAAAUACAAACAUGAAUCUUCCUUUGAAACUUUUGUAUUGACUGUUGUAUAUUUUUUGUACAUUAUCGUUUACAGUUGCUUGAUAACAACUUGAAUAAGAUAAUAGUAUACAU